CCCCUCAAGCAUUUCCUUCCCAUAGCCAUGGAAAGUAGUCCUCAAAAUGUUCUGCCCCUGCUACUCAUCUCCAGUUUCAUCCUAGCCAUGGUCAGUCCAUCCUUGUCAUGUCCCACUUAUUGUGAAGCCAAGAUAGAUGAGACCUGGUACCUGCGUCAAGUUGGCAGUGGACCAAACCAGAACCAAGAUAUAGUAGUUAACUCAACGGCCCCAGCAACAACUAGCUUUGGCGUGAUCGCCGUGAACAAUUGGGCAGUGCUUGUUGCACCCGAUCCCAACGCUGUUGUCCUUGCUCAUGCGAGAGGCCUGCAUGUGCAGGCUGGCCAAGCUGGUACUGUUUCCUGGUACACCACUUUCAGCUUGGUGUUUGAGGGGCCUAGGUUCAAUGGGUCAACAUUACAUGUAACGGGGAUCACCGGCUUCGAGGGCCAGUGGGUUGUUGGUGGUGGGACUGGAGAACUGGCAUCGGCACACGGCGUCAUCAAGCACAAAAUACUAACAGGCUUGGGCUCGGCCGUUGAGAAUUAUAGACAGCUAGAUAUACAGGCAUUCUACACCCCGCCAACGGUUAAUGAAAAGGGUCUUUCCAUCAUGUAAUUUGAUAAAGCAUGUGUUAAGGGUUGCAUGCCCUGGGUAGAUGUGACAAGCUACAUCAAGAGGUUGUGAAAUAAUGCGUGGAUUUCUACACUGGGAUGGUCUAUUAAUCCUAAGAUCCAUGGUCUGGUCUUUGUUUUUGUAAAGUAUAUUGGUUGCUUUUGUGUGAUCGCUUGCUCGAAUAUGGAAUCCGCUAGUCUUUGUUGUUGUA